AUGUCUCUUGUUACGACCCGUCCUGCUCUCCAAAUAGCACAGAGCUUUGCAGAUAGGGCACUGGUACGGGAGUGGAUGGCCAGCAGGUGCAAGUUUGGGAUGGUGUUUGCUGAGUUCCUCAGACUUCGUGCCAGCGUCAUCCCAGCUCCCUCCACUCCAUCUUCCUCUGCUCCCCCUGCGCCUACCAUUCCCCUGCAGCUCACCAACUCUGAUGCUCACGGUCUUGAUGCGCUCUUGGGCUUCAUCAUGGACUGCUAUGGCGUCCUCCCCCAUUUCCUGGAAGGUGCGAAGUUGACCAAGUUGUCGUCUGUUCUUCAGUGCUGGUGUGCACAGAACAAUGACAAGCACUUGCCUUUCCGGGAGCUCACUAGGGGCCGUUGCGCGGUAACAUCUCCCUCUGGCCCCUUCCAUCCUGACAACAUAGGCAAGGUCGGCGCCAUUGCCAGCGGUAUCCUCCACCGCUGCAUCACCUUUGGAGCCAAGGCCUCCUACCUCUCUCCCAACUUCUUCCCUUCUCUUGAGGACUUCAAGAAACUCAUCGCUGCUCACCCGGAGGACUACCUCUGCGACAAGUCCUGCUGUGGGACACACCAACCCCAGCGCGAUCCUCAGCAUGCAGAGGCUUAUUUUGCAGCUGAGCCUCACUUCUGUGAGUUCUUUGGUGCGCACCCUGUUGCGUUCAUGGAUGCGCGACAGGAGUUCCUUGCAGAGUGUCGCACUGGAGCUAUCCAGCGCAAGCGCCUUCCAUCCUCUGGACCUCUGACUUCCACUCUCCUGGCUGCUGACUUUGCAUAUGCUGGGAAGGUGAAGAUGCCAACGGUGGAGGAGAUGGGUGAGGUGGUUUGGAACUUGAAGGCUGGUGUGUUUGCCGGUCUUGCAUGUCUUGGACUGAUCAGCGGCAAGUCAGCUACUCAAGAUGAAGUGUGCAAGGCUUUUAAGCUUGCACAUGAUCAUCUUGAGGCCAAGCUGUCUGCUGAUGUGAAGUCCAAGAUUGUGUUUGAUCCUGUCAUGGUAGAGCACACCUUGUGCAAAGUGAAGAGGGCUGGGAAGAAGGUAAUACACGAACUUUCCAGACCUGGUACAAGGCAACACGAUACCAAAUUCGACGACCGCGAUCUCGAUCUCGACAACGACCGCGAUCUCGAUCUCGACAACGACCGCGACAUCGACCACGAUCUCGACCGCGACACCGACCACGAUCUCGACCGCGACAUCGACCACGAUCUCGACACCGACCACGAUCCCGACCGCGACACCGACCACGAUCCCGACCGCGACGCCGACCGCGACGUCGACCGCGAUCUCGACGACGAUCUUGAACGCCACGUCGAACACAAUGUCGACCACAUCGAAAACGAAUCAGCGAUCUCGACAACGAUCUCGACAUCGACCUCGACAGUGGAUGCGAUAGCCAACUACGACAUGUACUACCAUCCACAGCGAUCAUGA